ACGACACUGGCCGUAAUGGACAGCGACUACUUGGAGAACCCCCUUUACAGCGAGCUCAAGCACUUUUGCAGAAAGGUCCAGGAGGUCUACAACGAGCUGAAAGAGGAACUGACACCCCACCGGGAUGAGCGCUUUUACAGAUUGGCGCCUAUGCGUCUCUACACUCUGUCCAAAAGACAUUUCGUGUUGGUCUUCAUGGUGUUCCUCGUUUGUUUCGCCCUCACAGUUUUAAUUGGAAUUGCAGGUCCAAAAAUUCUUUCGGAGCAGGUGUACAAUGGGGAUCCGUUUCUUGCAAAAAAUGUCUCAGUUAAGACUGGGCCCUUCAAUCUAAAGUCCCCCCCUCUGACCACAUAUCACCAGCAGUUGUGGCUCACCUGCGUGAUUCAGGCUCAGCACACUAAUGUGGGCGACUUUCAGCAGCCUUUUGAAAUCAUCGUGGAGCUCAAGGGUUCGAUGCAGGACGCCAGCAUGACGCACAUCAGCAGCGCACGCAGCAAGUCGCGAACGCUGCACUGCGGCGCCAAAUGCGAUGAGAUCAUCGUGCUACAUCUGAGCUACCUCGACUACAACCAGUAUCAGGUCACGGUCAGCUUCAGAGGCCUUGAAAACAUCACGUACGAUCUCAAGGUCAACUUUGUGUGGAAAACCUACAACCCCACAUUUUCCCAAGUGGAGAUUUGGUUCCGCUUUGUCUUUGUGGUGUUGACCUUUAUGGUGACGUGUCUCUUUGCUCACUCGCUGAGAAAGUUUUCAAUGCGGGACUGGGGCAUCGAGCAGAAAUGGAUGGCCAUCCUUUUGCCUCUGCUGCUGCUUUACAACGAUCCCUUUUUUCCGCUGUCCUUUCUGGUGAAUAGCUGGUUCCCCGGUAUGUUGGACACCUUCUUCCAGGCGUUGUUCCUCUGCGCUCUGCUGCUCUUCUGGCUCUGCGUCUUCCACGGCAUACGUGUUCAGGGCGAGCGGAGAUGCCUGACCUUCUACCUGCUGAAGUUGAUCAUCGUGGGCCUUCUGUGGCUCUCGGCUGUCACGCUGGGCAUAUGGCAGACGGUCAAUGAAGUCCAAGACCCCACCUAUCAGUACAAAGUGGACAUUCAGAACUUUGAGGCUAUGAAGUUGUUCUUCCUGAUAAUCGUCAUCCUUUACAUCCUCUACCUGAUCUUCCUGAUUGUCAGAGCCUGCUCGGAACUCAAGAACAUGCCUUACUCAGAUCUGCGGCUCAAGUUCUUGACAGCACUGACGUCUGUGGUGCUUGCUAUCAGCUUGGUCAUUCUUUACUUAAGGUUCGGUGCCAAAGCGCUCCAGGACAAUUUUGUGGCCGAGCUGUCCACUCACUACCAAAACUCGGCCGAGUUUUUGUCCUUCUACGGCCUGCUUAACUUUUACUUGUACACGUUAGCAUUUGUGUACUCGCCCUCCAAAAAUGCCCUUUAUGACUCCCAGUUCAAGGAUAAUCCGGCUUUCUCCAUGCUGAAUGACUCAGAUGAUGAUGUCAUAUACGGGAGUGAAUAUGAGGAAAUGCCUUUACAAAACGGACGUGCCAUUAAAGCUACCGCCAACUUCCAAGAUGAGAGCGACAGCGACUGAUGUGGUAGAUGCAAACUAAACAAACAAAAAAGCAUCAUGUUUAUGUGUAAAUAAGAAAUUUUCACAAGUAUAUUUUUAAAAAAAUGACCACUUCUCCAGAAAUGUACUAUACUGUAAUUCUACUGAAAAUGGAGGCAUGUUUUUUUUUUUUGGGGGGGGGUCAAAUUGCGAGAUUUAUUUAUCCUUUAUGACGAGCGCAUAUUCACUAGAAAGGAGUAAUAGGGUCACUCUGAAAAGAAGUGUACAGAAACUAAAAUGAGUAUAUAUGGGAAAUUAUGAAGGAAUUGCAAAUUUUAGGGAUUUUGUUUUGUAAAGACAAUCUCCAUUUUGUACGCAUUCUGUUUAACUACUGACGCCUGUACUACCGCUGUGGUUGUCGGCGUGUGACAUAAUAAUGACAUCACAAGUUAAAAGCAACGACGCUCGUGAACGCUUCAUCCGUCCGUGUGAGUGCCAAAGCUGCGUUUCCAGGCCACAUUUGUUAGAAAUCACAGACACAGUACCAUAUUUCUUAGUUUCUGGAAAAAAAGUUUUGUAAAUGCACUUUUCUUUUAAAUGUAUUUGUUGACAUUUUUUACUUUGUUGUACUUAUAUCUACUGCUGUUCAAGCUUUCUAACAUACUGCUGUCUGAUCAUUUUAGCCUUUACGUGGGUGUGUUAAAUAGAAUACAAAUGUUCUUUUCUUCGCCAUACAAUGCACCGGUAUGCCAAACAUUUGCCGCCGUUUGCUUUAUCCACGUUUACAGGGAGCGCACACGAAUAUUAUCACAUGUAUUCUAAAUGACUCGGUGCCUUUUCCUCACGUCAAACAGAUUAGUGAUCCCCCGUCUUUCAAUGUGAAUGUAAUGUUGUCGGUUUCAAGUGCUGUAACGAGACGGCGGGUCCUGACGUGUUUCAAAUAAAAAGAGGG